AUUCACAUGGAGAGGAAGAGGAGGAGGAGAAGAGAGGAGAAACCAAGCGAGAAGAUGUUAAGGGAUUAAUCAAAUCCACGAAACGUUUGACGUCCGCCAGGGCACGGGUAGAUCUCUCUCUCUCUCCCGCUGAAGAAGCAACCGAAAUCGAAGUCGAACAGUCUUUAAUCAUAUUUAAGGCAAACCCUAAGUCCAUAACCGGGUGGGAGCUGUGGAAGCUCAAGAGGAGGUGAGGGAAAGGUGGAGAUUUGGCUUCAGUUCUGGGGUUUCUCCGUCGAUCUUGCCGGGGGAGGAUUCGAACGCUGUAAGUCCGUCUCGAUUGUUCUUUCUUGCUAGUUUUUCCUUUGGAUCCUUGAGAAAUUUGGCUCCUUUGGGUCUACACGCCGUGAUCCGAGGUGGGAGAAACAGCGUGGGGUUCGAUUUGGGCCGGAGUUUUCGGUACUGGUGUGGAAUGCCCUAGGUGUCGGAGUGGGUGUUGAGGUUUUACUUCGGGUUCCCACGGGCCAAGUGGAGAAGAUCGGUGUGAGGAGAGGGGAAGUGGACAAAAGAUCGGAUUUUGAACUCAUUUGGAGUCCUUGCUUUCCGUUCCCGAGGAAAAGAUCUAUUCUUGUUUCGCUAUGUCUGCUUGAUUUUUUGUGGGCAUUUUGGUUGCUCCGGACAGCGAGAGGAAGCGAUAAGGAAAGGGUUUCUUCCCCUGUCAGUGCUGAUAUGUAAUGUUGAGACCAUAAAACCGUGUUGAUCUAAGCAGUGUUUCCGUAUCAGCUACUCUUUUUUUGCUUUCCAGAACAUGGUGCCGUCAGGUUCUUCGAAUCCCAUCGGCGGAUCUCAGUCAGUGAAUCCUUCCCUUCUGCGGUCGAAUUCAGGGUUGCUCGGAGGAUCCCAGCCUGGUUCAAUCCCAUCACAGACCCCUUUCUCUUCUCUGGUCUCUCCUCUCACCCAGUUCAACGGUAACAGCUUGCUUGGAAACAUAUCCAAUGUUUCAGCCCUCAACAAUUCAUUUGGAAAUGGAGGGACUGUUAGUGGACUUUCCAUGCCAAUGAAUCUCCAACAGCGAGGUGGUCUUGGUGGUGCAGUUGAUACGGUCAGCUCCGAGCCUAAUCCUCUGUCAUCGUUCACGUCUUCGUCAGGCCAAAACCAAGGGCAGCAACAACAAUGCUUCCAGAACCCUUCAGGCAGCCAGCUUGGUCCAGACCAAGCACAGUCUCAAAUUGAUGCAGUGCAGAAUUUCCAGCAACAAUUCUCUGUUCCUCAAAGUCAACAGCAACAGCAGCAGCAGCAGCAGCUGCUGCUACUUCGAGGAGGAUUUAGUAAUGUGGGACACAUGGGGCCUGUCAAGUUGGAGCCGCAAAUUGGUCCUAGCAAUCAGAUUGGUCCAUCACAACAGUUACAGAUGUUACGCGGAACUAAUGCAGUAAAAAUGGAGCCACAGCAGUUGCAAUCCUUUAGAAGCAUGGGUCCUGUCAAAAUGGAAACUCAACAUUCAGAUCCUUCAUUGUUUCUGCAGCAGCAACAGCAGCAGCAACAACAGCAGCAGAUUUUGCAGUUAUCAAGGCAGAACUCUCAGGUUGCAGCUGCACAAAUGAAUAUCUUGCAACAGCAAAGGAUGCUGCAGUUGCAGCAUCAACAACAGCAACAGCAGCAGCAACAACAGCAACAGCAACAGAUUGGCAAGGCCUUCCCUCAGCAAAGAAGCCAGUUGCAGCAGCAGCUUCUCCAGCACAAUGUUCCAGUUAGGCCUCCAAUGAGAUCUACGACAUAUGAGCCGGGGAUGUGUGCUCGGAGGUUAACCCAAUAUAUGUGCCACCAGCAGCACCGAUCACAGGAUAACAACAUAGAAUUUUGGAGGAAAUUUAUAGCCGAGUACUUUGCUCCUAAUGCCAAGAAGAGGUGGUGUGUUUCUCUUUAUGGAAGUGGCCGUCAAACUACUGGUGUUUUCCCGCAGGAUGUGUGGCACUGCGAGAUAUGCAACCAUAAGCCUGGACGUGGUUUUGAAACCACAGUUGAGGUUUUACCCAGGCUUUUCCAAAUAAAAUAUGCUAGUGGAACCUUAGAGGAACUUCUGUAUGUUGACAUGCCCCGUGAGUAUCAGAAUGCUUCAGGUCAAAUUGUAUUGGAUUAUGCCAAGGCAAUUCAGGAGAGUGUCUUCGAGCAAUUGCGUGUGGUGCGUGAUGGCCAACUACGGAUUGUUUUUAAUCCUGAUCUGAAGAUUUCUUCUUGGGAGUUCUGCGCUAGGCGCCAUGAGGAGCUUAUUCCUCGAAGAGCUAUCACUCCUCAGGUUAGUCAACUUGGUGUUGUGGUGCAGAGAUAUCAGGCUGCAGCUCAAAAUGCAUCAUCAGGCUUAUCCACACAGGAUUUACAGAACACAUGUAACUCGUUUGUAGCAUCUGCUCGUCAGUUGGCUAAAGCUUUGGAAGUGCCAUUGGUAAAUGAUUUAGGGUACACAAAAAGAUAUGUCCGUUGCCUUCAGAUAUCUGAAGUGGUUAACAGUAUGAAGGAUUUGAUUGAUUAUAGCAAACAAACUGAGGCUGGACCUAUUGAUUGCCUGAUUAACUUCCCUCGGAGGACUUCCACUUCGUCAGGGCUUCAAGCUGAGCAAGCCCAACAACCUGAUCAACAGCAACCCAUCACCCAGAAUUCAAACCAUAAUGAUCAGGGUUCUGUUCAUGCCCCCAAUGUACCACUUUCCGCUGGCAGCAAUAAUGUUGUUGGUGUAGAUAACUCACUUAAUGCUGCUUCAUCUACCUCUGCGUCCACCAUCAUUGGUAUCCUCCAUCAGAAUUCUAUGAAUACCAGGCAAGAAAACCAGAUGAAUAUAGCGAACAGCCCUUUUGGUGGGAAUAAUGUUCAAAUUCCGUCUUCCAGCUCUUCAAAUUCAUUAGCUCCAACCCAGUCCAAUCCUCCUUUGAAACCUGCUUCCGGUGACAACCCAACAGCAACCUCUCAUAAUGCUACUUACCUGAGCUCCACAAAUUCGAGUGCAAGUUUGUCUACAAUGCAACAGCCGGUUGCACAGUUGCAUGAAACUGAUCCAAGUGAUUCACAGAGCUCUGUCCAGAAAAUUUUACAGGAGUUGAUGUCAUCACAGCUAAAUGGUGUCAGCUCCUUGGGGAACGAGACAAAGAUGAUUAGUGGUGUCACACCAGCUUUGAGUGGGGGAAACUGUUUAGUUGGAAAUGGGAUAUCCAAUGACUCAGCUAUAAGUGGCACAGGGUUUACAGGUCUUGGUGGGAUUGGUCUAUCUGGUGCUGCUAGUGGAAUGCGAGCAGCAAUGACAAAUAAUGCUAUGGCUAUGAAUGGGAGGAUUGGAAUGAAUCACUUUUCCCAAGACCCAACAGCUAUAAACCGUCAGCAGCAAGAUAUCGGAAAUCGAUUGCUGGACAGGUUAGGAGCAGUAACCAACUUCAACAAUCUUCAAUUUGAUUGGAAGUCCUCCCCAUAGAAGUGAAGCAUAGGUGUUGGCGAAUUGAUAUUUUUACUCAAGUGGACAAAAGUGGUUUGAGCAAAUGAUAAAUCGUCAAACUGCACAUGAUCAAAUAUUUCAGUUCCUCUCCCACUUUUUUGGAAGCCUCUCAACUAAUUCCUCCGAAAGAUAACACAUGAUAGCUUUUCCUAGUUCUUGUUCCAAUUUCAUGUCUUCUAACUGCCACUUGUAAUGCUGCAUAUUGUGUAUUAUGCUUCCAAGGAACAUCUACUAUAUCAAUGGGAAACCUGUGCAUUUGUGGAGCGAAAGAUCCUGGUAUUGCUUGUAGCCAUUUCUCAAUUAUAAAGAUGAGAUACGAGAUGGCUUGGAUAUGGAGGGAUGCCUCUUUUUUAUCUUUUACCCUCUUCUCAAAAAUUUGUAAAGAAUUGCUUUUUCCUCAUCGAUUUUUUUAUAUUGGCAAAGAUGAAAGUUGGAGUUCACAAGGUUCAUCGA